AUGGACCUCAGAGCCUCCAUCUCCCUUCUACUGCUGCUGCUGAUUGGCCUGUCCCAGGCUCUACCUGUCACGGAAGAGAAUGCUGAUUAUUAUGGAGGUAUUGCUAUAUCCGAACCUUUUGAAAACGACGAGAGCAACUUAACUUCCACAGAGACAAACAAUCUGCCUCCUGAAGAAGAGGAUGCUGAUGAUGAAAGUUUCAAUUUCCCUGAUGAAACUGAUGAAGAAGACGAUGACAUGACACUGACUUCUGAGUCUUCAUUGGAUGCUGAGGAUGAAAGUCAAGCUUUCUCUGAUGAACCAGAAGAUUCAGAUGUAACCACCACAGAAACUCCAGAGAUAAGCAAUUACGCGGAUGAGGAAACUGAUCCAGAAGAGCCGGUUUAUGACUUAACUACACAGAUUCUGGACACUAACAACGCCUCUACUGAGUUCCUUAUGGAAGGAGAUCUUGUGGCACCAAAAACCAGAAAUGCUCUGGCCUGCUGGAACAACCAAUGUCUGUGGAGGAAGUCUCGCAGUGGGAAGGUGGAGGUGCCGUACACAAUCAGCCGUGCUUUCCCAUCCCAUGAAAGGGCCAGAAUCAGUAGGGCCAUGGACUCCUUCCACAGGCAAAGCUGCAUUAGGUUUGUUCCCCGAUCAAGACAGCGCGCCUUCAUCACUAUUGAGAACAGAGAUGGGUGCUUCUCCAGCCUCGGCAGGACAGGUGGCAGACAGGUGCUGUCCCUCAACAGGAGAGGUUGUAUGGUCCAUGGCAUCAUUCAGCAUGAGCUUCUUCAUGCUCUGGGCUUCCAGCAUGAGCAGACCAGGAGUGACAGAGACAAGUAUGUGAAGAUCAACUGGCAGUUCAUCCAGCCAAACACCCGUCACAACUUCCGGAAACGGAACACCAACAACCUGGGUACCGGAUAUGACUACGGCUCUGUGCUGCACUAUGGAAGAUAUGCCUUCACCACACGGCGUGGAGCGGAGACCAUCACUCCAUAUCCAAACCGAAGAGUGCAAAUUGGACAGAGGACGCGAAUGUCCAGAAAUGACCUCCUGAGACUCAACAGACUGUAUAGAUGUUAGAAGUCCCAGCUGAUGUUGACCCAGUCCAGUACCACCAGAAUCCCAUGGUUGCAGAUUAUUAAAUUAUUCUUACAUAUUGCAUUGUCAUGUCUCUUGGAACAACAAUAAAA